AUCUGAAGCUUCCUACAGAGUUUGUUAUCACAUGACAUUAGUCAGCCAAUCGGGGUGUCCUUCUACAUCCUGUGUUUUUCACAGACAUUGAGGAACUUUUCUUUAUUCCUGUGAAAGUUUUACUGGUGUUAACAGUGACUCACAGUGCUUGUAGAGAUGGACAGCUCCCCUGAGGAAGACUUCCCCAGUGACACAGAGACAGCUAGAGGACAAGAUGUUACCAAGAAGCCAAAGGUAACAGCUGCCAUUUUUUACAAGAGGACAUCAGCAAGGCCUGCUGCCAAGUCAUCCAGUGGCCAAACUUCUAGGCAACCAAUCAGAGACAUCUGCCAUUUGGAGACGGAGACUCUAGCAGAAAAUGAGACAGCCAUUACUGAUGCUGAGGUGGCCCUAAAUGUCCAUCAAGAAGGCUCUGACACAGAAAUAGACAACAUCAUGCAUGUCAGUCCAGCCCUUGCAGAUAUGAACAUUGGCAUUGUAGAAGAGGAGGUACCAUGGUCCAGUAUUGCACCAGAUAAACCUUUUUCGCCACUACUAUUCGUACAUGACAUUGAUGAUGACUAUCAAGAAUCUCAAUCACCACCAUCCUCCUCUGGCUCCAUAGUUGUGGAUACACCCUCCCAUGCAAAGACUGCCACUGUCACCAGUACAAGGACUUUAGCUACUGCUUCCAAGAGCACUCCCCUUCCAGAAAAACCUUCCCCAUCAGCAAAACCCAGUGUCAGUGGUAACCGCAAAUCUAAGGUAUGGGAGCAUUUUAUAACAGUUGGGGAUGGUCGCUUGGCCAAAUGUAAGCUAUGUGGCAAGGAAGUAAGUUGUGGCAAAGUCUUGGGGCAUCUCACCAAUGCAGGAAUGGAUAACCAUCUGAGGACACACCACAAGGCAGUGUUGAUGAUAGAAGAAAGUGGUUUGGCAGCUCCACCAAGUAAAAGAAAGGGAAGUAGUAGUGCUAGUUCCAGUGCUACUAUGAGUUCAGCCUCAGAUAACCUGGAAAAGGGGCAAGGGGCUGAAGCUGUUGUUCAUCCCAGUAAAGGAAACCAGUCCACCAUAGAACAGUUUACUGGUUUUCAUCCCAGGGGGAUUUCCCGCCAACAGUCCCGCAAGAUUACCCGCCUUAUAGGUGAGCAUUUAACAUGGUGGAAGGGGAACCUUUUAAACGCCUUCUAAAGGCACUUGCACCCCAAUAUAUUGUACCAUCACGUACCACAUUCAGCAGAAGUAUAGUACCUGCUUUGUAUAAAUCGUGUGUGGAUCUGCUA